AUGCCGAGGAAGAAGCCGCGGUUCCAUUCGCUGAAGAAGCUGAAUGUCCGCCAGAACUGGUCGCGCUGGUCUCUGUACGCCAUCUCGCAGCUCAAGGCGCCCAAUACCGCCACCCGCAGCUUCUUCCAGCAGAAAUGGACGGCCAAGGCGGCCACACGAGCAUACCAUGGCGAGCACAUCCGGGAAAAGAAGUGGAAGCACAUGUUCAAGCGAAAUCUCCCCGCCGUGGUGCCCAUGGACCAUAGAUAUCUCGCCCGCCACGACGGAUCAGAGCAGGCGGCCGGGCGAGGAAUGGGCGCCGACACCGAGGAGCAGACGCGGACGCCGCCCAUGACGCCAUACAUGCAGAUGGCAUACUAUCCGCUCGAGCGCCGACUAGACACGGCCAUCUUCCGCGCGCUUUUCGCCAGCAGUGUGCGGCAAGCCAGGCAGUUUGUUGUGCACGGCCUGGUCAAGGUCAAUGGCAAGAAGAUGAUAUACCCCGGCUACGCCCUCAAUCCAGGCGACAUGUUCCAAGUCGAACCCUCGUCCGUCAUGUUUGCAACCGGAGCCCCCAAAAGCCGCUCCUCGACUGCCCGCCGAGUGACCAAAGAAAAGGCGGCUGCCCGCGCCCAAGAGCGCGAACAAAACGGCGGCCAAACCCCCCGGCAACAAAACGACAGCGACGUGGUCAUCUCGCAGUCCUCGCGCGAAGAACCCACGCCCACUGAACUCAAGAAGCAGCUCCAGGACCUGAUGGCGCAAGUCGAGGGCGUCCUGGCCGAAGACGUCAAGGCAAAGGACAAGCAGAAGUUCCGCGCUCUCCGUGCAAGCAUCCGGAAAGCCAUAAGUCUAUGGCGGUCGGCAAACCCCGAAACCAUUUCGACGCUCGACGCACAGUUUGACUUUCUCAAAACGCAAAUCGCCGAGCGUGCCGCCGCCGCGUCUUCGGCGUCGUCGAGGGACGUCACAUCUGCACCCGAACCCCUCAUCUCCGAGGAAGACCAAGCGCGCCUGCGGUCUGCCUUUGAGAAGCUCAAGCUCGAGACGGAGCACACAUCAGCGUGGAACAAGCGCAAUGCUUCAGCGCCGUAUGCCACACCGUGGCGGCCAAGAGACUACAUGAGCGCCUUUGCCUUUAUACCGCGGUACCUCGAGGUCAACCAGAACAUUUGCGCCGCCGUCUAUCUGCGGCAUCCCGUUGCGCGACCGGGGCUUGCAGAGGUGCCCACACCCUUCCCUAUCGAGACGGGCCAGUUGGCCUUUAACUGGUACUUGCGAAACCGGUAGAAGGCAUACUUUCACUACGUACGUCUGUGAUGAAUGAAUGGCUCUAGGUAGAAAACCGCUACUCGGCGGGCCCACCAAAUACAUUGUACAAC